GCGUAGCUAAGUCAAUUGAACAGAAAAACGGUCAUCUUACUCGCAGGAGACUUUAGUCCGUUUCCCCAAAUUCUAGCGUGUACAUAGUUGAGAAGGAUAUGUCUUUACGGCUCAAGUAAUGUCACAUUACGAGACCCGCCGGUUUGUUCACACAUUUAGAACACUUUUUUAAAGAAGAAAACGUUAAUAUAAUUACAGUAACUUUUAAUGCUUCUCGAGAUGGCCGAUAUCCGGACGUUUAAUGUUGUCAUUUUGGGAAUCGGAUUUUUGUUUAUUUUUACUGCUUUCACCACCUGUGGGAACAUUGAACAAACCGUGGUGAAAAGCCUGAGUAAUGAUACCUUUACUGGAAGUGGGUAUCACAGCCUUGGGAUAAUUUAUGGAGUUUUUUCGUUCUGUAAUUUAUUAGCGCCGACAAUCAUUGCAAUAAUUGGACCACAGUUUACCAUGUUCUUCAGUGGAAUCCUCUAUAGUGGCUACAUUGCUGUAUUCAUUAGCCCAUCCACAUGGUCCUUUUAUUUUACUUCAGUACUCAUUGGCAUUGGAGCUGCCAUGCUUUGGACGGCUCAAGGACACUUCUUAGUGGAGAACUCUGAUGCUGCCACUAUCAAUAGAAACACCGGAAUGUUCUGGGCUCUCUUACAGUGCAGUAUGUUGUUUGGCAAUCUAUAUGUUUACUUUGACUGGAAAGGAAAAACUGAAAUCACAGAGGGAGACAGAAGGACUAUGUUUGUGGCCUUGCUGGUCAUCUCUGUACUUGGAACUCUAAGUUUUCUGGUACUAAGAAAGACCGGACAGCAGGAGGAGCAGUUGUCUGAAGAGGAGGGACAGUCCUUAUUAUCAGCACGCACGAUCUACAAACAACGAGCUAAUUGUGCCGUAAAAGAAGCGAAAUCGGAGUUCAAAACGAUUUUGCAGCUUUUUGGCUCAAAAACCAUCUUGCUCCUGAGCAGCUGCAUGGCCUACAGCGGUCUGGAACUGUCAUUUUACAGUGGUGUGUAUGGAACGUGCAUCGGGGCAACCACACACUUUGGAGAUGCGGCCAAAGGCUUAAUUGGGCUUUCAGGAAUUGUUGUGGGCAUCGGAGAGAUUGUGGGAGGGGGGCUGUUCGGGCUCGUGCUGAAGAAUAACCGCUUCAGGCGAACAUCCGUGGUCUUUCUGGGCAUGGUGGUGCAUUUUGUCGCCUUUUACCUGAUCUUCCUCAACAUCCCUGACGAUACUCCGGUGGUUUUCACAACCAGCUCACAGCAUAAGCCAUAUUUAACUCCAAGCGUGUCCAUUGCCUUGCUGUGCAGUUUCUUGCUCGGCCUUGGGGACAGCUGUUUUAACACACAGCUCUACAGCAUCCUAGGGCGGGUUUACGUGGAGCAAAGUGCACCAGCCUUCGCCAUCUUCAAAUUUAUCCAGUCUGUUUUCGCAGCUCUGGCCUUCUUCUACGGCGGCUACCUGCUCCUGACCUGGCAGCUCUUGAUCAUGGUAAUCCUGGGCUUCACUGGCACUCUCUGCUUCUUCGUGGUGGAGAGGAUGCACAACGCGACCGCCGACCUACACGAGUAUUAG